GGGGAGCAGCGCCUACAAGGAGCUUCCCAAGGGAUUCAGCUCCCGCUUGCUGCAGGUUCCGAGAGCUCCGGGAGGUCCGGCAGAGCCGCGGUGUCCGAGCGCCGUGCGGGACACGCGGGACACGCUGGACACGCGGGACACGCUGGACUCGCUGGACACGCUGGAAUGCUGACCUAGGGCUCGGCUCCUGGCUGGCCCCAGCCCCGGGUCACGGCACCGCAGCGGGAAGGGACCCACGAGGAUCAUCAGUGUCUGUGUCCGUGUGUCCCUGUGUGUGACCUGCGCAGCAUCGCCCCGCGAUGGAGCCGCCCCCGGAGCUGAAGAGGAAUAGUUUCCCCAGCAUGAACUUUGAAGCAGAGAUUCUGACAACUCCACACGAUAAUUCAGAGCUCUACACCAUCCCUUCCAUGAGAAGCCUCACGGCUGAGGAGUAUGUGGAGGCCUUUAAAUCCUUCUUGGAUCACUCUACAGAGCACCAGUGCAUGGAUGAGUUCAACAAGGAGCAAAUGCCCCACAUCGUGGCUGGUCUUGGCCCUGGAAAAUCGACCAUCAGUGUUCUGGGAGUUGGGAGUGGCACAGGUGAGCAGGAUUUGAAAAUGAUCAGGAUACUGCAGGCUGUGCACCCAGGGGUCUUUAUUGACAAUGAGAUUGUGGAGCCCAACCCACAGCACGUGGCAGCUUACAAAGAGCUGGUGAAACAAGCUCCAGACCUGGAGAAUGUUUCUUUUAUUUGGCACCAACUCACUUCCUUGGAGUAUGAACAGCAGGUGAAGGAGAAAGGCACACAUAAGAAAUUUGACUUCAUCCAUAUGAUCCAGAUGCUGUACCGUGUGGAGGAUAUUCCCAAUACUAUCAAAUUUUUCCACAGCUGCCUUGACCAUCACGGUAAACUCCUGAUCAUAAUUUUAUCAGACAGCAGCGGCUGGGCCAGCCUGUGGCGCAGGCACAGGGACUGCCUGCCCGCCACGGACCGCGGGCACUACAUCACCUGCAGCGGCAUCACGGCCGUGCUGCGGGCGCUGGGGGCGCAGCACCGCGUGUUCGAGCUGCCCUCGGCCUGGGACAUCACCGAGUGCUUCCGCGACGGCGACGCGCUGGGCGCCCGCAUGAUGGAUUUCCUGACGGGCACCAAAAACUUCCUGGGCACGGCGCCGGCGGCGCUGCGGCGGCGGCUGCGGGACGCGCUGUGCCAGCCCGAGUGCAGCAGCACCAGGGACGGCAGGGUCAUCUUCAGCAACAACCUCAGCAUGAUCGUCGUCGAGUCCUAGAGCCCCGCGCCGCGAAAGAGCACGGCAACACCGCUCCUCUUCCAAGCAGCAAGGAGAGAGGUUUACUGAAAAGCCAUGGCGUGUGCAUAAGGGAGAUCGCGAAAAACAAAGUAGAGAAGACUCAUUGGUCAAAGAAGGCAACACCUCUUUGAUCACGAGAAACAAAGUAGGAAAGACUCAUUGGUCAAAGAAGGCAACACCUCUCUGAAAACAUGCUUCGUGCAAAAAUACCACAAGACACACAGCUCGGUGGUCAACACCAGGUGUCUAUCUGAGUUUUCUUUCUACCUUCUCUUGUUUUGUCUCUGAGAAAG